AUGGGUCAAGGCUUCUCUCUCGCGACGCCCUCCGCGGGCUCGGCGGGCAUCGAUAUUCCAGAGCUCUCCGACCUCGUGUAUGAGAAAAGUAUUGGAAAUGCGCGGUUCAUGAAGAGCAUCCGUGCUAGGCAUCACGAUGGAGUAGCGUUGGUCAAGGUCCUAGUAAAGCCCUAUACCCCGAUGCCGCUGGACAGGUACAAGCGCGAUAUUGAGAAGCAGCGCAGCGCCCUGGCCGACGUGCCCAACGCACUGGGUUUCCAACGCAUCGUCGAGACUGAGACGAACGGCUACCUGGUUCGACAGUUCCUCUACAACUCCCUCUACGACCGAAUGAGCACGCGGCCAUUUCUGGAGGAUAUCGAGAAGAAAUGGCUGGCGUUUCAGCUGUUGUGCGCCUUGCGUGACUGCCACGCCAGAGACAUCUACCAUGGCGACAUCAAAACGGAAAACACGCUGGUGACGUCCUGGAACUGGCUAUACCUCUCUGACUUCUCCUCUCCCUUUAAGCCGAUUAUGCUUCCUGACGACAACCCGGGCGAUUUCUCAUACUAUUUCGACACUUCUGGCCGGCGAACCUGUUACGUGGCACCCGAACGAUUUGUCCCGGCCGAUGAGGUGAACAGCAAAGACGCAAAGCUUACAUGGGCUAUGGAUGUCUUCAGCGCCGGCUGCGUGAUUGCCGAAAUGUUUCUGGAGUCGCCGAUUUUUACGCUUAGCCAACUGUACAAGUAUCGAAAAGGCGAGUAUGACCCAGUCAUUUCUCAGAUCAGUCGCAUUCCAGACAAGGACCUGCGUGACAUGAUAUCACACAUGAUCCAGCUGGACCCAGAGCGUCGAUACUCUGCAGAGCAAUAUCUCGAUUUCUGGAAGAAGAAGGUAUUCCCUGAAUACUUUUACAACUUUCUGCAUCAAUAUAUGGAGCUUAUUACCGACCCAUCGUCUGGAAACAACCCUAUUUCUGGUGCGACGAGGAACUUGGGAGAAGCCGAUGACCGCAUCGACCGCGUCUUUCUCGACUUUGAUAAGAUAUCCUAUUUCCUUGGCUACCAGAAUGACAAACGUUCGUCCCAGAUUGAGCCAUUGGCCGGGAAGCUAGGACUGGGACAUUUCCCUGUCCGCUUGAACAUACCAAACCAUGAACACUACAUCAUGGGAGCUUCAGACCCACCUGAGGAUGAUGGUACUCUCAUCUUUCUGACGCUGAUCGUCUCUUCCCUCCGUAAUACAGCCAGGGCGGCAUCAAAGAUCAGAGCUUGCGAUGUUCUACUCGCAUUCUCGGAAAGAAUUACUGACGAGGCAAAGCUGGAUCGAGUGCUGCCAUACCUUAUGACGCUUCUUAACGACAAGUCGGACCUUGUGGUUAUCGCCGCACUACGUUCAAUUACCCAGCUUUUGCAUCUCGUACGGGUCGUCUCUCCCGUCAACUCACACAUCUUUGUGGAGUACAUUCUUCCUCGAUUCCAAAGCGCCUUGAUUGCAAACGCAAACACCCCAAGCCCUCUGGUUAGAGCUACGUAUGCAUCAUGCCUGGGAAGCCUUGCAACCACUGCUGCUCGGUUUCUAGAACUCGCGGCGACGCUGAAAGCAGACGGUACCCUGACUGUGGCUGACCCCGAGCUCGAGCCAGGAAUUGAAGCUGAGGCAGCGUUCGACGGACUCUUUGACGAUGCUCAGCGAGAGCUGUAUGAAAUGUUUGAGCUUCAUACAAAAGCGCUAGUGGAGGAUCCCGAUGUCUCUGUCCGUCGGGCAUUCUUGACUUCAGUGCCCAACUUAUGUCUUUUCUUUGGCCCAGCAGAGGCAAACGACAUUUUACUAACCCAUCUCAACACCUACUUGAAUGACCGCGACUGGAUGCUGAAAUGCGCCUUCUUUGAAACAAUUGUCAGCAUAGCCAGCAUGGUUGGCAGUGUCAGCCUCGAGGAGUUUAUGCUCCCGCUCAUGGUCCAGGCUCUCACCGACCCUGAGGAAUUUGUUGUGCAAGCAGCUCUUCAUUCCUUGGCACAGUUGGCGCGAUUGGGCCUGCUCUCAAAAACAAAGUUAUGGGAGCUGAUCGAUGUUGUCUCACGCUUCACGAUGCACCCCAACUUAUGGAUUCGAGAAUCCGCGACAGAAUUCAUCUCCGAGGCCACAUGUUUCUUAUCCCCAGCGGACAUCAGGUGCAUCGUCUUCCCCUUGGUAAAGCAGUAUCUAAAAACAGGAAUGGUUCCCGAUUUCUCCGAACUCAGCCUGCUGGAUGCCUUGAAGCGGCCUAUGUCAAGGGCUGUAUUUGACCAGGCCUUGGUAUGGGCGCUUAAAACUGACAAGGGGCUAUUUUGGAAAAUGUCACAGCAGCUUCGAUCCUUCUCCUAUGGAUCAUUGCCAAAGGCAGUCACCAACCGCGCAUCGAAAGACACGCUCAGCAAGGUCUCAAGAAAUGAGGAAGAUGAGCUGUGGCUUGGGCGGCUGCAAACUCUCGGGCUUGGACCAGAUGAUGAGUUCAAACUUCUUGCGCUGAGGGAGUUCAUUUGGCGUGUCAGCAAGAUGAAAUCGAGAGACGGUCUUGACCAAGAGCCGCCUAAACUCAAUGAAGUCAUCUCCCUGAAGAGUCUCGGUAUCACACCACAGACAGUCUUCUUUGAUGAACAACCGUUGCAGCAAUCAACAUUCCACACCGACACGGACCCAGAUGCUCCAUAUACAAUCGCGGAUGCUCUUCUGGAUGCGUCCAUGACUAUCGACGACUCAACAGGUAGAAGAAAGUUUGCUGCUCUCAAUAGCUUGCGCACUCGUGUGGUAGAAGACCAAGGAUCUCUAUCACGAGAUGUCUCUCGCGUAAGGUCGAUCGACCCAUCCAGGCGUACAUCUAUUGGCCAAGGCAAGCUCACCGUCGGAAGCCCGACAGACGACGGGGCUUCAGUUCAUGAUCAGCCGUAUGCUUCCCGGAGGGCAAUGCGCCAUCAAUCUAGUGCGUUGAGCCUCUUGGACCGUAAAGAUGGCAAUAAGAGCGUGCCCGAAACUGGCAUGUCCGGCACAAACGCAUUUGGUGAAGUGGAAGGGCCCUUUGCCCAAGCACCUCUUGCAAGACCAGCCUUCCAAGACCGCCGGACAAGCUCCGCCAGCGUUGUGGCCAAGCUGAAGCCCAAUCAUUCAUAUGAAGGCUCGGAUCCUAGUAUUCUCAAGAUGCUCGAUUCAAUGUACCAGGACAAUUAUCCUCAUGACAUUGCCGAAUUCGGACCAAUGGUUACCCCUAUCACUCGCCGUAAGCCAAGCCGCUCUGUUGGUCAAUCGGGUGAGGAGCCUUGGCGACCAUCCGGUCGAAUGGUUGCUACCUUUGCCGAGCAUACCGGCGCGAUCAACCGUCUUGUGGUAUCGCCAGACCACGUCUUUUUCAUCACAGGUGGUGAUGACGGAAACGUUAAGGUUUGGGAUAGCGCUCGACUGGAGAAGAACAUUACGCAUCGUUCAAGGCAAACACACAAGCACGCAGAAGGAGCCAGAGUGCUUGCUUUAUGCUUUAUAGAAAACACGCACUCUUUUAUCAGCUGUGCAAGUGAUGGAAGCGUCCACAUUGUCAAGGUUGAGACCGUAUCUGCCAGUGGCGUGCUACGGUACGGAAAACUUCGCCUUCUUCGGGAAUAUCAACUGCCACAAGACGAACAUGCUGUGUGGUGUGAGCACUUCAAGGUCGAGUCUACAUCGGUCUUGCUUCUUGCAACGAACAGAUCUCGAAUACUAGGCAUCGACCUCCGAACCAUGUCUCUACUCUACACCCUGGAGAAUCCGGUUCAUCACGGGACUCCUACGUGCUUCUGCAUAGACCGCAAGCGAAACUGGCUUUGUGUGGGAACGACUCACGGUGUCAUCGACUUAUGGGACCUGAGGUUCCGUAUGAGACUCAAGGGAUGGGGGGUCCCUGGUAAGAGCUCAAUUUACCGGCUUUGCAUCCAUCCCAGCAAGGGGCGAGGCAAAUGGGUAUGCGUUGCCGGCGGAACGGGCCAAGGUGAAGUCACAGUAUGGGACCUUGAGCGUACAAUUUGCAGGGAGAUCUACCGUGUUGGGGGUAAUAAGGAAGGCCCCAAGGGAUACGAGCCGUGGGAGGUGGACGAAGACAAGCCCGAAGGUAUGCUGGGCCGUUUCGCCACAAAUAUCGAGCCAAGCGGGACAGGAAAUGCGGACCGGGGCGUUCGUGCCAUGAUUGCAGGAACAGGAGCCACCGAAGACUCGCGUGAUGUGCGGCACGCCUUCAUCGUCACCGGUGGAUCUGAUAAGAAGCUCCGAUUCUGGGACCUUUCUCGUAUUGAAAGCUCAACUGUCUACAGCGGUCUACAGGUGGACGAUCCUAAGCCAACGUUUACUGCUUCGCAUCCCACGACAUCCAUGACCCUGAAUACGGAAAGGAUCCCUAGACAGGGUCCCACGGCGCCAAACGCUGCGGUCGGAGCCAAGGGCAAGACCGCCAGCGGACGGCCGACGCGGUCCACCGUUAUAUCUCUUCAGCAACAACAGCUGCUUCGGUCACACUUGGACCAGAUUAUGGAUGUGGCUCUUCUGGAGGUGCCUUACAGCAUGACCCUCUCGGUGGACAGGUCUGGAGUAGUGUUUGUGUUUUCGUAG